AUGGAAGUUGAACCUAAUAUUCCCCAAUUUGUGAAUAGAACGCGUCCUUUACAGAUCAUUCCAAAGCAUGAAAUGGAGAAAUAUGAAAAGGUGAGAAAACAAAAUGUUGAGCACUUCCAAAGGCUUCAUGGAAAGUAUGUUAAUAUACUUGAAGGAUUGGAACUACAUACCAAUGUAUUCACUAGUAGUGAGCAGGAUGAUAUUGUGGAACUUGUCUUUUUAGAAAGAGAAAUGGGUCGAGCUGGUCAGUUAAGAAGAAGAACAUAUUCCGAGCCCAGAAAGUGGAAACGUGGUAAAGGAAGGUUUACAAUACAAUAUGGCUGUUGUUAUAAUUUUGCUCAGGACAAGGAAGGAAAUCUGCCUAGAAUAAUUUGCCACAACAAAUUUGACCCUUUACCUUCAUUUAUAAAAAGGAUGAUCAAACGAUUGGUAACUUUGCGCAUCUUACCGGCAGAUAGUAUUCCCAAUAGCUGCAUAGUUAAUAUCUAUGAGAUUGUCGGUGAUGGAGAAUUCAGAGGUUCUAUAGAGAUCCCUUUACCUGUGAGAUCAAUUUUGAUUCUAAAAGGCAACGUCGUUGAUAUAGCUAAACACUGCAUCCCUGGAGUGCCAUGUGCCAAGAUACUUCAGUUUGGAAUGUUCUGGAUUAUGGUGCUUAAGGCGCCAAUAUUGGCACUUCAGGUGUUACCUCUCUGUAUAAUGGUGCUUCAGGCACCGAGUUUGGUGCUUCAGGUUCUAGUUCUCUGUAAAGUGGCGCUUUAG